UGCCUCAUGUGUCUCACGUUUUAAAGCCUCAAACCGGAUGUAUAGCCGCUGUGCGUCUGCCUGUCUCCUUUUGACCAUUGUCGCCGCACUCUCUCUCUGGCCAGUGGCGCCGUCCAUCCAGUUUGCCCACUUUCACUUGCUGACACACAGUCACACACGCUCGCUGGUCCUGUGUGGCAGUUGGUGUGAACGCGACUAUCUGCAUUGCAUGUUUGCGGCCAAAGUGGUCUUGGCUGGCCUAAAUUUUUGUUGACAACAUAUCUUGCGACAGACUGUACGAUUCAUAUUCAUCUUCCAUUCACACGUUUAUGCAUGUUUGGACAUGUUUACGUCUUUACGACGCCGCGAUGAAAAUCGCUGACAAUGGCCUGGAGACGUGUUUUUCUGCAGGUGGCCGCUGUAAAAAUGUUAUUUUAAUGUCUGUUUAUGAUGCGGGCGGUUGCCAAGAAGGCACGUGAUGGAUGCUACUGGCUACACUGGACAUGGCCCAUGGGAGAUGGAUGUUGUAUAGGGUCGAAGAGACGCUGAGCAGGUGCGACAGGAAAUGGCUGUUUGUUCUAUGAGCGAGGGUGACUGUUUGCUGUUGAUCUGCUGCAGCAAGUCAAACGCUGGGUUUUUUUGUCUGGUAACCGGUUGGUAAGGAGGACGCUAGCGUUUCCUUCUUAUUCAAGGCAUUGUGUGGUGUGAACUCAUCGAGACCCUGUGGCGCCCCGCGCGAGUAACUUGUGCGAGAAAUUGGCUGAUUAAUUGCGUGUUUGGUGCGCUUGGACGCUUGAAAGCUUGUUACCACAGUCGGGACGGACGCAGUGAGUUGGAUCGUGGGAGACCAACCGGAAGUCGUUGUUGUGCAUGACGUAUCUGCAUACCUGCACGGUUUAUGUUUUGGAUUAUGGUAGCUGUGGAAACGAAAACACUUGGAGUUCAACGAUGCUGACUUCGUGACUUCCGGCGUCACAAAGCAGACGGAAUUUUGUAGCCUCAAACCACGGUGAAUGUGAAAAAACUAUCGGUGGAUACUUGUGGUUUGAUUGAUCGGAAUCGACUGCGGAGAAGAUGACGGAAGUGGUCGACGCCAUACCGACACUGCGCCGCAGAAUGGACGCUGCACGGCGUCUCACGUCGUCGCAAGAGAACGUGGUCAUCUCGUCAACGUCCUCCAUUCGCAAUCGGGGAAAGCGUUCGCGUUCUGUGUCGCUCUUGUCGGCGGCAACGAAGAAACGACUGUCAAAUGGUUCCUUGGAACAAGAUUUGCAUGUCAGCAUGUCCUCCGUCGCGAUGGGGAAAGUGGCUAACGAUAUGGAAAAGGAAACGGACUGCACGGCGGAGAUCCAUUCGUUGUGGCACUGGUUGCGGCAAGUGGAGAAGCAUCUGUACGCAGACGCCUGGCCGGAAGAUCUCGGCAACGAUGAGGCCAGUUUGCGACAAGAACUGGAGCAUUAUCUGGUGGUGCACGGAACGAUUGAGAAUCUGGUAUCGCGGUUAAACCAAGCCAAAGAUAAUCUUAGCCAAAGGAAUUCGGCGGAAUUGCCGGUGGAUUUCGCGGUACGCCUGCGCCAUUUGGAGACGCGUUUGCAUCAGUGUUGGCUGAAAUCUCUGGAGCGCCAACUGCGUCUGGAAGAGGAAAUCCACCGCUGUUCGCUGCUCGAUUUUGACGAUCCCGAAAAUCGUUCUUCCUCGUCGGAGUCGUGUUUGAGUGAGCCAGCGUUGCGAUGCUGGGACUGGAGUGAGUGGGAUCUGGUGCAUUGCGCGUCCGCCGAAAACAUGUCAGAAGAGAAGGGCGUGAUGGCCGGCACCGCCGGGCAGGGCCUCAGCUCCCUGAAACUGGCGUUGAAUCUCGCGAGCAACGGGAAACUGGAGCUGGUGUCGCAGGAUAUCGGGUACGCCAGCGAGAGCUCCACGUUGAAUUUAUCGAUGGAUGAUGUGUCGCCGUCGCAGCCGUUGGCGCCGGUGCUGGGUAAUACGGGCGCGGUUUCCGGGUUGAUCAAAACCUUAACGGCCAGCCCCGGCCGCGUGACGCCGGCGGCCUCCGCGCACUCGGACACGGAUUCCUCGCGGAAGGCGGACGCGCGCAGACUGCGUCUGCCGCUGGACCCGGCCAUCCGCAACGGCAGUCUCAGCGCGUCACCCAACGAAUUCUAUUACAAAGUGGCGCCGUUGAUACUGGACGCCCGGGCGGAAGUGCUGACGCGCUCGGCCAAGGGCUCCUUGUCCAAGUUACGCGCCGGACCGGCACUGGCCUUCACCGACGAUGAAGGAGAAUCCAAGAACUUCCAGUUGCUGUCGGAAAUCACAGCGGAAGUGACCGUGGAUCCUCCGAAACGGUCCAGCCUCCCGACCGACUCCUUCACCACCCCGCCACGGACCCUCCGCGCCCGCACCCUCCCCCCGGAAGACCGCACCGCGUUACUGGCCUCCCAGUGCACCCCGCAACCCCCGGAGACCCUCCGCCGCAAACCCCGACGACGCCGGCCCUGGUCGCUGCACCUCCAGGACCCCCGGCACGGGGGCUCCCCCGGGGUGUCGGCCGCGGUGUCGGAGAGCGCCCUGGCCGGGCAGGCCCUCCCCGGGAUGCUGCGGGGCGGUCGGCAGCGGCGCGGCGUGGUGGUGGACUGGUCAGGGAGCAGUAGUGAAGGGGGCCUGGAGAGUGAGGAGGAUUUGGAAGGGAGUCGACUGACGGUGACGGGGAGGGGCGCACGGGGCGGGAUCAAGAGUCAGAGUAUGUCGGCGUUGGGACGAAGGCGGGAGCGCGGGGAGUGGGGAGAUUGAGAGCAGUUUCUGGGAUGAUUAUCAGGAUCCACCGUAUUCAAGUGAAGCCUACUCGGAGAAGUCGGUGGACGAGAAUGUCGUGCAGCAGAUAACCAACUUCGGCGAUGAUUUCUGGACCAUCCUCCCCUCGGGCUCGUCCAGUCUGAGCGUCAACGGCGAGCGGCA